AUGGAUUUAUUGCUAGAAUACUGUGAUACAUUUGGUUUGGACCAUUUGUACGCCAAGCUUUUCCCAGCAAACUUGCUUCCCGCUGACGUUCCAAAGAAUGUUAUACAGCUGCUAGACUUGCAAUUGCCAGGUUUCAACAGUUCGGUGAAGCCUCCAGGCGAUGUGUAUGGGUACGAGCCUUUCCUAUUGGAUUUCACCGAAUACACUUUCCAAUCGCUUUUCCCUCGUCACAAUUUGUUUAGACAAACACUUACAAUGUUCGUUUUGAUGACCAUAUUCGGUUGGUUGUUGUACUUCAGCGUUGCUACUGUGUCGUACCUAUUUGUGUUUGACAAGGCAGUGUUUAACCAUCCACGUUAUUUGAAAAACCAAAUGUCUUUGGAGAUGAAGCAGGCCUUCUCUGCCAUCCCAACCAUGGUUCUGUUGACUAUUCCAUUUUUCUUGUUGGAGUUGAACGGCUACUCUAAGUUGUACUUGGAUGUGGAUUACCGUUCCUGGAGUGGUGUUCGCCAGCUUGCCACUGAGGUGUUCUGCUUCAUCAUGUUUACCGAUUGUUUGAUCUACUUGGUUCACAGAUGGUUGCACUGGCCAAAUGUUUACAGAUGGUUGCACAAGCCACACCACAAAUGGUUGAUUACUACCCCAUACGCUUCCCAUGCUUUCCACCCAGUCGAUGGUUUCAUGCAAUCUCUACCAUACCACUUGUACCCAAUGCUAUUCCCAUUGCAAAAGCUUUCUUACUUGAUUUUGUUCACAUUUGUUAACUUCUGGACUGUUAUGAUCCACGAUGGAGAAUAUUUGGCCAAUGACCCUAUCAUUAACGGUGCUGCUUGCCACACUGUCCACCACUUAUACUUCAACUACAACUUCGGUCAAUUCACCACCUUGUGGGACAGAUUGGGUGGCUCUUACAGAGAACCAGAUCAAGAAUUGUUCAACAAAUCUCUGAAGAAGAGCAAGCAAACUUGGGAAAUCCAAGUGGAAAAAAUGGAAGCCAUCAAGAAGCAAGUUGAGGGUGACCAUGAUGAUAGAGUGUACGUCAGUACCAAGUCUUGUUAA